ACCAGAAGACAACCUUCACAACACACCAAACCAGCACGUAGGAACCAUUUUUGUUCAUAAAGAGUCGAGGAAAAGAAAAAAAACAACCGAACAAACGCAGACAUGAAGGAUUUGUAACAUAAACCUCUCAGCAUCGUGAUCAUCUCUCAUUCCGAUCCAAGUAUGGCUUCUAUCUCAGGCAUUUUCUCCUCUUCCCCUACUCUCAAGUCCCAAAAACCCCUCCUCAAACCCACGAAUUCUCUCCGUCGAGACUCGUUCACAUUCCCCACCCGUUCCAGACUCUUCGAUCGGAGCUUCAGUCUCGGAUCAACUCAUUCCGUUGCUCGGGAGAUCUCGGCCGAGUUGUCGAAGACCGAUGAUGGGGUUCUGAAGGAGGCAAAGAAGAAGAAGGGGCUGGAGAAAGAUCCUCGGGCGCUGUGGGACAGAUACGUGGACUGGUUUUACCAGCAUAAGGAUCUGGGCUUGUUCCUGGACGUGAGUCGGGUCGGUUUCACCGGCGAGUUUGUGGCGGAGAUGGAGCCCCGCUUCCAGGCCGCGUUCCAGGCUAUGGAGGAGUUGGAGAAGGGCGCGAUUGCCAACCCGGACGAGGGGCGAAUGGUUGGCCACUAUUGGCUGAGGAAUUCCCAGCUCGCUCCCAACUCCUUCUUGAGGUCGCAGAUUGACAAGACGCUUGACGCUGUUUGCAAGUUUGCAGACGACGUCAUCAGCGGUAAGAUUAAGCCCCCCCCAUCUUCAGCAGAAGGUCGCUUUACUCAAAUUCUCUCUGUUGGGAUUGGAGGUUCAGCUCUUGGACCACAGUUUGUUGCAGAGGCAUUAGCUCCUGAUAAUCCUCCUCUGAAGAUAAGGUUCAUUGACAAUACGGAUCCAGCAGGAAUUGAUCAUCAGAUUGCACAGCUUGGCUCUGAGCUGGCAUCAACACUUGUAAUAGUGAUUUCAAAGAGUGGAGGCACUCCUGAAACUAGAAAUGGUUUACUGGAAGUACAGAAGGCUUUUCGUGAAGCUGGCCUGGAAUUUGCAAAACAGGGUGUUGCUGUAACACAAGAAAAUUCAUUGUUAGACAACACUGCAAGAAUUGAGGGCUGGUUAGCUAGAUUCCCUAUGUUUGACUGGGUGGGUGGUAGAACAUCUGAAAUGUCCGCAGUUGGUCUGCUUCCAGCAGCACUUCAGGGAAUUGACAUAAGAGAAAUGCUUUCUGGAGCAUCAUUAAUGGAUGAAGCGAAUAGAAUCACGGUGGUCAGGAAUAAUCCUGCAGCAUUGCUAGCUUUAUGCUGGUAUUGGGCUUCUGAUGGGAUAGGAUCAAAGGAUAUGGUUGUUCUUCCUUACAAGGACAGCCUAUUGUUAUUCAGUCGAUAUUUGCAGCAGCUGGUCAUGGAAUCUCUUGGGAAGGAGUUUGACUUGGAUGGUAAUAGGGUGAAUCAAGGGCUUACUGUCUAUGGGAAUAAAGGGAGCACAGACCAGCAUGCUUACAUUCAACAGCUGAGAGAAGGUGUGCACAAUUUCUUUGCAACGUUCAUUGAGGUGCUUCGUGAUAGACCCCCUGGUCAUGAUUGGGAGCUUGAACCAGGUGUCACAUGUGGCGACUACCUCUUUGGCAUGCUACAGGGGACUAGGUCAGCUUUGUAUGCUAAUGACCGUGAGUCUGUUACAGUCACUGUACAAGAAGUGACACCUAGAUCUGUGGGUGCACUUAUAGCACUUUAUGAGCGAGCAGUUGGGAUAUAUGCCUCACUUGUCCACAUUAAUGCAUACCAUCAACCUGGUGUGGAAGCCGGGAAAAAGGCAGCGGGAGAAGUAUUAGCCCUUCAGAAGCGUGUUUUGGCAGUACUCAAUGAGGCCAGUUGUAAAGAGCCUGUAGAGCCGUUGACCCUGGAUGAAGUUGCUGACCGUUGCCACGCUCCUGGAGAUAUCGAAAUGAUCUACAAGAUUAUUGCUCAUAUGGCUGCCAAUGAUAGAGCACUUAUUGCUGAAGGCAGCUGUGGUUCACCGCGUAGCAUCAAAGUUUUCCUUGGGGAGUGUAAUGUUGAUGAGUUGUAUGCUUAAGUUACGGAAGGACAGAGAUUGUUAUCGCCUAUUUCAGUCGUGUUGGGUUCAGAAUCGAAUUACACAAAAAUAAGUUGGUUUUUUUCCUGUUGUAUUGCGCGUUAUUGACGGUAAUGGAUUUUUCAUCGAAAUAAUUCGGAAAAAAACAGUCGUCGUCAUUUGAGAUGUAAACAAAUGAUGGGAUAAUUUACCGAAGAUGACAACAUCCUAACCUAGAAUGUUGGGUUUUUAUUGGUUUUUGAAGUUGUAGUAUUGCCAAGUGCCAACACCAACUUUCCUGCACCCAUUGUCUAGAAGUUCAAGCUGUGCUGUUGAUCAUUUUCAUGUGCCCCGCAACACAUGCUUUAAUUACACUACAACGGAAAGAAAAUUUGGAUGAACAAAAAAUGCUGGACCCUUUUGACAGAACAUACUGAAGAAGACCGAAUUAUGGAACAUUAUUCGAAGGGGACAGGCACUUCAAUACCUAGCUGUCACGUUCGUGUAUUUCUCUGCUUUGCCUUUCUUCAUUUGGUUUGACACUAUCAAUUAAGGUUGGUAACGAAGUCUGACCGCAUUUGGUGACAUGGAUAAUAAUUUUAUUUUCUUUUCUU